GCUACUUACAUCUCGUUAAGCCGAGCUCCUGCCGGAGCCCCCGUCUUCCUGGCUGCCUCCGGAGACGGCCGCCUCUCCGCCCUGAAAUUCCGCAGCCCCCCAACGGCCCCUGGUCGAGGAAGACGAGAGCCCAGCCGCCGCGCUGGUAGAGCGGGAGCGUCGCCACGGCAACGGGAAACAGCGGCGGGGGAGGCAAGCUGGAGGAUCCAAACUUCGCCAGCAGUUGGCGUUUCGCGCCGCUGGGGCGGCUGGCGGUGCCCUCUGCGGGGCGCUGCAGAGGGCACCUGUCAGCGCUGUGAAUCAAAACUGAAAACAGAAGAAUGAAAAUAAGAGAUAAAAUAGUAAUACAGAAGUACUACUUAAAUGUCUUCAAUGGAAUUUUCUUGGCUCUGGGUCUUAUGCUUUUCACAUUCGGCCUUUGGCUUUUAUUUGACAGAAACAAUUUUUUCAGUGUGUUAUUUUCUUCAGGCAAGAACCAGCUAGUGGCAUAUUUUUCUUAUCUAUUACUUGGAAUUGGAUCUAUUAUUGCUUUUACAUCAGCUGUGGGAUUCUUUGGAAGUAGUAUGGAAAUCAAAUGUCUACAAAUUACAUAUUUAGGUUUUCAGAUCCUGGUGUUUGUUACCCAGAUGGCAAUAUUGGUGCUUAUGUUCAUGAAGAAAGAAGAGGUGCACAAUCAAUGGGACAGCAGAAUUGAUGAAGUUAUUUCUGAAUACGGGAACGAGAGUCUGGCUGAGCAGGAACCCGUGUGGAACAUUCUGAAUGCUGUGCAGCAAAAUAUGGAAUGCUGUGGAAGAUAUAAUGUCACACAGUGGGAAAGGAAUGAAAACAAGGGAAGUAUUACUCAGAUCCCAUGUUCAUGCACAAAAUCCAAUCUGAAGAAAUGGUUUUGUGAUGUCCCAAGGGAAUCAAUAUACAGUAUGGGAUGUGAAGAAUAUUUAAAUACAUGGUUUGAGAACAAUGUUUUCAUCUUAGCUGCAAUUUCUGUCAGCCUGCUAAUUACACAGAUGUUUUUGGUCACACUAACUUGUCAGCUAUUUAGAAACAUCAGAAAGAAUAUUAUUUGGCCAGAUGAAUUGUGAAUUCUUUUGAGCAUUUAUGGUGUGCAAGAAUUAUCUGAUCCAUGCCUGUGACAGUCAACAGAAUUACUUCCACUAAGAUCUGGAUGGGUUCUACAUGUUGUAAUCACUAGGAUAUCAACAUUUGGGCUUUAAACUGCUUGUUUAUUGUUCAUUGUUAUGUAUAUGGUAAUAUGCUAUAACAUAGUGUAUAUUAAAGCCUGAAGUACUAUGCCAUUUACUAGCCAUUUAACAAAACCUACUGAUAAGCUGAGUAUCAGUUUCCCGAGUCCCUGGAAAAACUUGUUCCGAGUGUUGCAAACAGUACUGUAUAGCAUACUCCACUUUGAAAGAGAAGGAACCCUUCAUCAGACUAAGUCAAGAAAAAAUAUUUACUAAACAUUCCUGAUACUUCUUCAGGCCUUCACCUUUCCUUCCAGUCCUUCUCCAUUUUGACCUUGAUUGCAAUUUAAUCUCAAAAAAUUUCACUGAGUCUCAUAAAUACUGGACUCUUAACAAGUCUUUUCCAAAAAGGGUUGUAAUGAACAUCUUUCAUUCUUACUGAAUGGCUCUUACCAUUCAUUUAAUCGAAUGGCUUCAGUGGUUUAGGUGCAGUAAGCUUUAAAGCCUAAAACAUUAUGGAAUAUCUUGAGGAAAACUGAGGAAGGUGUGGUAUUACAAGUGUAUGUGAUAGCAUUGUUAAUGAUAUUUUGUCUAAAACUUCCCAUUUCAGUAAUCCAUUUUCUGAUGCUUAUAAAUUUGGUAACUUCUUUUUAUUUAGUUGAAAAAAAAU